GUUUCGCAUGGCGCAGGUCCCGCCUACACCCGUCAUCAAACCACUUCGGGGAGGAAGUCGGCGAGAGGAGGCUACCAGGAGACCACCUGUGAAAUGUGGUGUCAGGAUGUCAAGGGUGUGCCCACCCUUCAGUGUGGUGCCAAAUUUGGCACACCAAAGGUACCCGCAUCCUACUCACAGGGCGCCCUUUCAGGUCCAAAAGCCCCAGCAGAUAGCGCUGCGCUGCCAUUGCUGUUGAGUACUUUGAACACGGCUUUGGCCGAUGCCGUCCCUGUGAAAGUGAAUGAACUCUUCCUCACAGCCUUUUACUCCCCAAGCGCCAUGGCGGAGGUUCCACAGUCCUCCGAAGCUCAUGUGAAUGCCAAAUCUUUUGAGAAUUUGGAUGUUCAUGUGUAUUCCCAGGACGUGUUUGCCCCAAACGAGGUUUUGGACCCCUUGGAAGUUUCUGCAAUUGACACGAUGCAUGAUGCCUUGGUAGAUGCCACGAAGAUUUUGCGAAACCCAGAUCCUGGAUUUUGGCGGUAUGGCUUCUACCUGUCGUCGUCUUUGCAUAUUUUGCAUGGGCUCCAAGCCUCUCCAACUUCGGAGGACAAGGACCUUGACAUCUUGCAGCUUCCCCCAGCUGAUGAUUCACUGCUUGGCCCUGAAGCUCCAUUUGAGCGCAGCACCUAUGUAGGUGUCAUCAUGUUUGGAAGCCGCAUGGUAUUGCCAGCAGGCUUGGGUCUAAGCACUGGACCCCAAGAAUGCGCUGCCUAUGCCACCACUGACCUGGAUCCGCCUCGACUGUCCUUGACGGUGCUCGAAGAGGGCCUUGAAGAGCUGGACACCAACAUCGACAUCGGCAGAAACACCGUCAGCUUCAGAAAGAUUGGCGAGGAUGACCUUUCACUUCUGUGCACUGCUCGAGGGCAACAAUAUGAUGAAGUUCGAGAAGGAUGGAAUCCCGACGAUUGGCUUGAUUACCGAUUUGAGCUUGACCAUUGGCGUGAAGAAGCUGCCAAUGCCGAAAAGGCCCUUCAAGAAAUCCGAGCUGAACUUUCAUGGGGCGAUCCAUGUCCCCAUCCACGUGAUGUUCAAGAUGAUGGCCAGCCGCGCGAUGAUUCUCAUGUCUUUGAGGCCCUGAUGGCACAGCAGCCUCAGCUCAACAGAAAGACCAAGAAGAUUCAGGCCAUGUCCAACGCUGUGGAUGGAGGUGCAGCCCAAGGGCAUCACAAGGGCCUGGAAGACAUGAUCCUGGCCGCUUCCAUGUUCUCCCAAUGCCGAGCUCCACUAAUGCCACCAACACCUUCUGAUGGCUAUGAGCCAAGCACUGCGCCUGACAUCAACCAGGAACUGCCACCAGUUCCUGAAGAUGAUGACGAUUUCAUGAAGGAGCUCAGCCAUGAGUGGUGGUUUCUUGUUUUGUCAGUGUGGACAGUGUGGACCCACGAGUUUCCCUUUGAAGCCAAGAGCCGCAUGGCUGUACAAGGGCAAGUGUAUGAAGCCUCCAUCAUACCGUGUUUGCAGAAGCACUCUGGCUGCCGAGCCGACGGGAUUACUUUAACUGGUAUUGAAGAUGGUGACUACUUGCGAAGUCUCCUGAUCGAGCUCAAGUAUCCUGGCAAGAAGAUUCUCGGCUUGGACCUCCAAUUUCAGAAGGCGAUGAUGGCUUGCUUUACGGGUGCAAACAAAGAGCUUGGAAAGCACCCUCAACAAGGUAGACAUGCCAGGAAGACAGCCAAAAGGGAUCAAAAGGGCUGGGAUCACGAUGGCUGUGGAUCCGAUGCAGUUGCUGACUAUGAAAUUCUCUGCUACAAAGCUGGACUACGGAGCAGGUCAGUCUUCGGCGGCCACGAUGGCAUCAUCCAGGCGAUUCAGGAUGGCAUGCAAGCUGUCGAUUUUGCGAUUGGUGACGAGGCGUAUUUGCUGUGUGACUUCUUUGCUGUGAAACCUCUUUGCUGUGAGACAUUUUUGCUGUGGGACUUCUUUGCUGUGCCUCGCCCGGCAGCUCCUUUGAAUCCAGUGGAAAGUAGCAGUCUUGGCAAGGCGGCAGUACUGGAGAUGAGCGGUUGGACAGGUACGCUGGCCGUGAAUAGGGGUCUUGCACUGUUGAAUAUGAACGAUCGCAAUUUCAUUCGGUUGGUCGAGACAAUUGUUUUUUUGGAACCUCCGCCUGAGGGUGAUCCACCGGAGGAUUCAGAGAAUCCGUUUGGAGCCUGUGAGCACUUGGACCUGUCGUAUCGCAUUUGGAACAUUCGUGGCUCAGUGAACAUCCGCCUUGAGAAGGUGGGAGACAAAGCAGUGAGACAUGGCCAAUGGUCUUUGCUGCAGGCUCGCAGUUCACGGACAGUUUCCCAGUCGCCUUACUAUUUUGAUGAUGCAGAUUUACAGUUCUUAAGACACGCCUCCUUUUCGGAGGAAUGUGCAACACUCACCUAUCACUGGAUCAAAUCCCUGGCCUGGCCUGAGACGGAGUGCGCAAUGUUUUGGCAUUCGAAAGCUGCAGAGGCCGCAGCCUUGGUUCG